ACCCACCCUCCCUCCCACUCUCGCGCUGCACGCCGGGAGUUGUCGCUGUGAGGGGGCCGCGCGUCUCGCUCCUGCGGCGGCGGCUGAAUCCGAGCGUUCGUGGUGGUUGGGGGUGUCGGAGGGGGGGGGAGAGCUCCGCCGCAGCCGUUUCUCGUCGGGCGAACCAACGCGAAGCCAAGAUGGGGCGGCGCUCGACGAGCUCCACGAAGAGCGGGAAAUUCAUGAACCCCACGGACCAAGCGCGCAAGGAAGCAAGGAAGAGAGAACUUAAAAAGAACAAAAAGCAGCGCAUGAUGGUGCGGACAGCAGUGCUGAAGAUGAAAGAUCCCAAACAGAUAUUGAGGGACAUGGAGAAACUUGAUGAACUUGAAUUUAGUGCCAUACAGACACCCAUCUUGAAUGAAAAGGUUUUGAGAGACAAGCGUAAGAAACUUCAGGAGACGCUGGACCGAAUCCUUCACCUGUAUGAGAAAGACAACCCCGAGCAGUACAAGGACCUACGCUCCGCUGAGAUUGAGUACAAUCAGAAGCGCCUGCAGAUGUGCAAUUACUACGAAGCUGUCAAGAAUGCCCAACACGUGGAGAUAGAGAGUAUCCCACUGCCAGAGAUGCCGCACGCGCCCUCCAACAUCACAUCCAUCCAAGACAUCCCCCUGCCAGGCGCGCAGCCACCCUCCAUCCUCAAGAAGCCUUCCGCCUUCAGUGCGACCAAGGUGGGCCCUGGCGCAGGUGUGAUUCGGCUCCCACUGGGCAGGAGGCCCCCAGGACCUCCCCCUGGGCCACCGCCUCCCCAGGUUCUAAUGCAAGCAGGCCUGCUGUCUGGGCCUCGUGCAGCCCCCGUGCAGCCAGCUGCUCCCUCGCAGGAAAAUGAGGAUGAUGAGGAAGACGACGAUGAGGAGAUAUACGAUCCUGAGGCUGCCGUUCCAGAGCUGGACGAUGAGGACCUCAAGGACCCAAACCUGCAUGAGGGGCUGGACGCAGACGGCAGCGAGGACACGGACAACGACUCGAGCGACGACGACGACGAUGACGACGACGACGAUGAUGACGAUGAUGACGUGGAUGAGAAGCGCAAAGAAAAGGAUGAAGAAGAACAUGACAAAAUGUUGCACCAGGACAAAACAUCACACCAGGACAAAACAUCACACCAGGACACCGCCGAGCGGUCCGGGCGGUCGGUGCGCUUCGCCGAUGCUCCAGAGGAGCCUCCAAAACCCAUCGUCAAGAAGAAGAAAAAGACUAAAGAGGGCCUCACUCCGUUGCAGGCCAUGAUGUUAAGGAUGGCUGGUCAAGAGGUGCCAGGCAUCGAAGAGGAAGAAGAUGACGAUGAUAAUGAUGAUGAUGAAGACAUGGAGGCUGAGCAAGAGGAGAAAAAGAAAGACACGGAUGACAGGAUGGGCAGGGAGCAGCUAAAGACAGGGCCGAUGCCUCCACCUCCUCCACCGGGCAUUGGGACGAAACAUCCCUCAGCUCCCCCACAGAUGCCACAUGGACGCAUGCUGCCUCCGCCUUCCCAGCAGCCACAACCACCUCCCCACAUGAUGAUGCACCCUCAGGGACCCCCACCGCUCGUGCCCCCUGGCCCACCUCUAAUGAGGCCCCCUGGGCCCCCCUCUGGCCCUCCACCUGGGCCGCCUCCAGGUGCUCCUCCAUUCAUGCGUCCGCCAGGGAUGCCUGGCAUGCGAGGGCCUCUUCCCCCUCGCAUGCUUCCACCAGGACCUCCGCCCGGCCGCCCUCCAGGGCCACCCCCUGGUCUGCCUCCCGGUCCCCCUCCCCGCGGACCCCCACCCCGCCUCAUGCCACCUGCAAUCCCAGGGAUGCUUCCUCCACGCCCGGGCAUGAUGCGCCCACUGUCCAUGGCCCCCCCGCUGGGGCCUCCUGGAGUUUUCCCCCCUCCUGGUCAGCCAGGCGGUCUUCCCAAUCCUGGAGUGCUCAGUGCCCCUCCGAGCCUCAUUCAGCGGCCAAAACCAGAUGAGUCGGGUGGCCCUGGAGUGCCCAGUAUAGCGGUGCAGCAGCAGCAGCAACAGCAACAAAGUCAACAGCAAAAGCAGCAGCAGCCACUCGCUGGUGCCACCAUCGAGAAGAAAGCGACAGCGGGCGCUACAAUCAGCGCCAAGCCACAGAUCACCAACCCCAAAGCGGACGUGACCCGGUUCAUGCCCACUUCGCUGCGCGUCAAGCGAGAGGCCAAGGGCAGGGGCGCCCAGCGGCGGGCGGAUGAGGACAUAGCCCAGCGGCCCCUGCAGAAAUCCAGCGUGGCCUCCGUAUCUACAGCCACCAUGGCCACUAAGGAUGACAUGUACGAGUCUUUCAUGAAGGAAAUGGAGGGCCUGCUGUAGAAAAUGCGUUUUUGUAUGUUAUUUUGUUUAAAAAAAAAAUCUGUUUUAACAUAAGCUCCACUCGAGAGGAAAGCAGCCCCACUGAAUUACAUUUUGCGUUGUGUGGUAUGUAAAAUUGACUGUUUUUUGGCCAUUAAACAAUUCCUUUUGAAGUAUUUCCAUGCAUUAUUUUCCACUUUCGUGAUAAAACUGCCUUUGUCAGUGUGGUAAACUAAACAUCGCACACAAAUCCACUUCAAGAUAAAAUUGGGUUAUAUCAAGCAGGGAAUACAACCACCGGGCAAUGUGUGCAGAGGUUCGCAUUGUGUUAAAUCAUGUUUCCAAUUUCUUAUCGAUUAUUUCAAUUGAUAUAAAAUUGUGAAAAUAAUUGCAUAAUUUUAGUAUUUUACAUGCCUAAAUUGAACAUUCCUUCAUAACAGUUAUUGCCUUCAGGAAACAAUUUCGAAGUGUACAAGCAGAGGUUACUUUUUGUGCUUUCGAAAGGCAGAUGCACAUGAGUUGUGGUUCACAUGUUGGCAAAGCAAUAUUUAGGUCUAGCAGAACACUCUCCCUUGGCAGAGCCAACGCAACAACCCAUAGAGAACUUCGCCAGUCUUACGUGGCCUUUUUCCAACAUGAAUCAUGCUCGUGAUAUUGGAGGGUUAUAAUAGGGCCAUGGUUGGGUGUCUUAUUUUCAUUUCAUAUUUAAUGGCAGACGAGCAGUUAUGUUUUUUUAAUUUACAAAGGAAUUGGUGACCUUGCAUUUUGAGUUUUAAAUUCUACAUCAGGGGUCGGCAACCAAAAUGACAAUGGGCCUUUUUUUCUAAUUCAUUAUCAAACUAUUUGAAGAACUGUAAAUGCGUGUGAAUACGACACGGUGGUCCUUAUUAAUAAAGUCAGGAAGUAGUCCUUAAAGGGACCCAUGUGGCUCUGGAGCCGCAGGUUGCGAACCCUGUCCUCGAUAGUGUACUUUUUGAAAUUGAAACAUGCUUGCAUUUGACAUGUCCAAAGUGAAGUUUGCAUUCUCAGUUGAGCAUGGGUGGUGCUCUCCAUUGGCAGCCUUGAGCCAGUGGUCGAAAUUACACAUUCCUGUAUUGGGGAAAAAUCUGAACAUAUACUCCGUAAACAUUGGCGUUCCUUUGGUGAUACAGUACAAUUAAAUGGUGCGUGUGCAGGAGCAGUAUUUAAUCAUUUUAAUGGUCACUAGAAAGCAUUGCUUGGUAAUGCUAAACCUACCCACUAAUCAAAUUAGUUAUGCUGCAAAAAUAACGCAAAUCCCUGCAAGUUUUCGUGUACAAGGUAUCAAGUUAAUGUUAUGGUUGAAGAAAAUAUCGUGAAGUUGGGUUUGAAAAAUUACAUGGCUCAGCCAUCCAGACGUUGAGGCAAUAAACAAUUGACUCUUGUG